AUCUCAUUCUGUGAGGAACAUACGUUUCGCUACUUUUCCUUUUCUUUCUGCUUUCAAACCAAAGCAGAAAAUGAAAAAAGCAAGAAUUGACGGAAAUUUUCAACAAACCCUGGAACAGGCACAGAGUGACAAAUCAAACAGAAAAUGAGAGAAUACUAAUGCAGUAAUGCUAUUGUUUUGAUGGCAAACCCUAGGAGAAGUUCCUACUCCAACAAUCCAUCAUCCGAGAGAAGCUCCUACUCCAACAAUCCAUCAUCCGAAAACCCAUUACAGACUCACUUUCUCUCUCUUUCCUCUCUCAUCUACUUCUUGAAAAGGCCACAUGCCUUCCCCUUCCUUCUUUCUGUAUUUAUUCUAUUGACAUGGGUGUUUCUCAGACUGCAACACCUCCAGUAUUUCUCCUUUCAUCAACAGGACCAGUAUCAAGAGAACCAGAAAUGGAGAAGAGAGGAUGACGGGAAAGCAAACCUGGUGAGGUUUAGCUCUGGCUUCCCUUCUCCGAUCUCCAGAGAUAGAAGGGGAUGGUUGCUCAACCCUGUGACUGCUGCUAAUGAAGCUGGAAUUUCAGGGGGAGCAAUAACCUGCGCUUCAGUGCAUGUGGGUGAAAUCCGGCCUGGUGGCGUUAGGGGAAAUCACAGACACCAUUCCUGCAAUGAGACAUUUAUUAUUUGGGGAGCUAAAACAAAAUUUCGGUUGGAAAACAAUGAUAUAGUGGGUAAAGGCUAUGCAGAAGUCACAAUCAGUGCGAAAGAGCUAGCCAUAGCUGCUAGCCCAAGUGGAACUGCUCAUGCUUUAGUAAAUGUGGAUCCAGUACGGACAACAUUCUUUUUGGGGUGCCAAGACAGUAUAUUAACUUAUAAUAGCUCUACCACAGAUUUUAAUGUCUGGAACGAUCUUUAAAGUUUACUUUGUAAUUUAAGCAUUCUGUACACCUGAUUGAGUGUUCUGAAUCUCUACAGAAUCAAUUUUCAGUUCAAAAAUAAUCCAUGGUUCUUGCACCAUAAAA